GCUACCAGAGAGGGCCAGGAACCCAGGAUGGAGGAAGUGGGGGCAAAAUAAUACCUAGAGCAGCCAAUCAGGAGGAGUGUAGGGAUCAGGGUGGGGCCAGGCCCCACCCACUCUUCCCUGCUUAGGUUUCUGGGUACUAAGAAAUGGCGGCGCUCAAGGAGGAUGUUGGGCGGGUCACAUCCUCUGCUCAGAGUUCCAGCUGCUCCACUAAAGCUCAGGUCAACUCAUUUUUCAAGAAAAAAUACUUUUACUCCCAGCUGUUCCUGUUCCUGCUUUUGCAGCUGUUGUUUACCCUGAGUCUUGUCUCAUAUUGGUACCUGCCUUGUCAGCCUCUGCAGAACUCUUGCUUCUCUGAGCAGUUAUCACCACCCAUAACCCCUAUGAUCACCAUCCUGCUGUGGACAUGGCCUUUCGAUAAAAAGCGUGGGUCCAUUGAAGGAUUCCACUGCCUUGACUCCUCAAUCAGAGAGUUGAACUGCCAAAUCACAUUGAACCGCAGCUGGUAUGACAGGGCCCAUGCAGUCAUCAUCCAUCACCCUGAUGUGAGUAGCAACCCCUUCAGACAGCUGCCUACUGAACCACGUCCAAAUGGCCAGCGCUGGAUUUGGUUCAGCCUUGAGUCACCUAGCCACUUGAAAAACCUGCAUGCUAUGGAUGGCCUCUUCAACCUGACCAUGAGCUACCGCAGUGAUUCAGACAUUUUUACCCCUUAUGGGUGGCUCAAACCACGGGAAGGAGAGAGGAACAAUUCCUUAAUUAGACCCCCCUUUCCCAAGACUAAGCUGGUGGCCUGGGUGGUAAGUAAUUGGAAGAAAGACUCUAUACGAAUGAAAUACUUCGGGAAACUAAAGCCCUAUCUCUCUGUGGACAUCUAUGGCAAACAACACAUACCAUUACCAAGCAAGAGACAGCAGAUCAUCCUCUCCAAGUACAAGUUCUAUUUGGCCUUUGAGAACUCUCUACACCAAGACUACAUCACAGAAAAGCUUUGGAAAAAUGCCUUGAAAGCCUGGGCUAUUCCUGUAGUGUAUGGUCCACCACGGCACAACUAUGAGCGUUUCUUGCCAUCUGAUGCCUUCAUCCAUGUGGAUGACUUCAAGAAGCCCCAAGAACUAGCCACCUACAUAAUGAAGCUGAAUACAGAUGAGAAAGGUUACCUGGCAUACUUCCAAUGGCGGGAGCACCUGGAGGUGGUAAUCAGGACGGGUUGGCACCAGGAGUUCUGUAAGGCAUGCCGAAUCCUCCAGGAGUCACCCACCUACCGGACUCUGCCAAUGCUGUCCACAUGGUUCACCUGAGGGGCAUUUCUCCCUGUCUGUAAUCCUUGGAGCUUCUAGUAGCAGUGAGUGAGCUGGAUGGUCAAAAGGCAUCUCCUCCCUAGGGCUCUUUUCUUCCACUGGAUAUCUUAGUGAUGUCUCCAGCUAGUGAUAUCCUUUUGUGAAAUCCUUCCACUGCUGUUAUUGGGCCACAUUUCCUCCCAGUGACCAUCACAGUCAUGUCUUCUGCUCAGGACCCUCAGUGACAUCUUUCAAUAGUGAGCUUUGGUGAUCUUUCCCUCUCUCACUAAUGACCUGUGGUUAUUUCCAGCACUGGUGACUUUACUGAGAUUCUCCCACCCAUGAUUUUCAGAAGCAUCAAAAGUGAUUUUUGCUGAUGUGCCCCACUAAAAUCUUGUCCUCUGGUAACUCCAAAAGAGUUCCUCCAUUGGAGACUAUCAGUAAUAUCCACCAUGGGUCAGUCCUCUGCUGGUAACUUUUAAUGACAUCCCUCACAAUAAUCUUCACUGACAUCUCCUCCUUUCAUAUCCUGAUGCUCUCCGUGAUAUUUGGUGGGCAGAGAUUUUUAUUUUGUUUUCCUGGUACUUAGCAAGAGCUUAAUAAAUGUUUAUUGGGUGACAGUA